AGAACAAACGAGAACUAAACACACGACGGAACUAAUGUUCUCCAAUACUGUGUUUCCGGAGAGCAUUUUAGGCGGUGAUACAACUGAUGUCUGCCAACGAUAUCACAUGUGCCAGGGUAAUCUGAGACAGUCAUGGACACUCUUGAAAACACCUUUAGGGAUCUCUCCAUCACCCGGAGACUGCAGCCCAGUGAGCCCACAUACAUUCUGGACCUCUCUCUUCCAUCCUCUGCCAGCAGUGGCUCUGCUGCAGGGUCAGAUGUGCUUGCUUUGUGCUGCUCUAAUCACUCUGUGCACCUGCACUGCAGAGAGACACUCCGCCUGGUGGGGGACUUCCAGGGUCACACAGCUCCUGUGCGUGGGGUCCGUUUCUCUCACCUCUCCCCCCACCUCCUGUUCACCGGCUCUAGUGAUGGGACACUGCGUUGCUGGGACGUCCGACGGCCCAAUUCCGGCUCAACCCAGGUGUUCCGUAGUGAUGCGACCCAUUCAUACUGCUCCUUUGAUGUGUGUUGCAAUGAUCAUGUGCUAUGCGCAGGCACGGAGCGGGUGGAAGAAGACAGUUUUUUAGUAUUCUGGGAUGCACGUAUGGUUCAGCAAGGGGUUGAGACCGGCUCAAAGCAGGGCGGUCUGCUGGGCGUGUACUCAGAGUCACACAGUGAUGACAUCACUGCGGUGAAGUUCCACCCACAAAAGGCAGACCGUUUGGCCUCUGGGGCCACAGAUGGGCUUGUGAAUAUCUUUGAUCUGAGUCUGGGAGGAGAGGACGAUGCUCUUGUCACCACGUGUAACUGCAAUUCCUCUGCCAGCUCACUCUGCUGGACAGGCAAGGAUCUUGACCAGCUGCUUUGUCUGACCCAUGCUGAAGGGCUACACCUGUGGGACCUGGCUCAACCAGAUAGCGAUGACCCUUUUACACUUCUGAGUUCGACUGAUGCUCGAACACUUGUCCAGCUCCCUGAUGGAGCCUCACUUGAGUACUUUGUGGGCGGUACAUGGCUAUCAGAUGAGGGGCGUAUUCUUUUAGUGGGAGGGACCAAUCACGGAGAGCUCCACCUCCUGGACUGCAAUGGGAGUGGUCUGAAGUUAAUUAAAUCCUUGAAAAGGGGUCACUCAGCCACAGUGAGAUGCUUCCAGUGGGAUGUGAUUGGUCGAUCUCUGCUGACAGGCGGGGAGGAUGGCCAGUUGUUGCAGUGGAAGGCAGGAGCAGAGGAGAUCAGUGUGCGAAAGAAAGACACUCUGAAAAGCAUCUCUUCCAUGCAGCUCAAAUCUAAAGCUCACCGAAAGCAUGCUUCAGUGAAAGACAAGACCAAGCCAGUAUGAUCACACACUGCUCAAGAGAAACUCAGAUUCCAUUAAGAGCCGGUCGACACUGAAACAAAAUAGUUAUUUUAUGAAAAUCUUAUGGGAUGGAAAUUUUAAAGUGCGCAGCAUUUUAAAUAUAUUGAGCAGCUCGAGUCUGAUGUCUUUGCUGUCACAAUUGUAAGAAUAAAUGAUUUGAGAAAA